CAAAGCCUAAACACUUGACCCACAAACCUUCUGAAACUGUAAGCAGAUGGAUUACAGCUGUGAACACCAGUCCCUGUUUCAGCAUCUCACCUGAACAGGCUCUGACAUUUUAAGAUGCUCCAUAUGUUUCUCCCGCUCUGCCAGCAAAUGUUUUCCUGGCUACACAAUCUGGAGCAGAAACCACUGCACCCCAAACAUGACAAUCGCUCCUCACUCAGCCAUCUGUUUGUCUGGGUGUGGCCUGUUGGUUUCAUUCUGCACAGCUUCUUCUGUUUGGAGCCCUGCCUGGCGCACAGCUGUGAACUGCCCUUAGCAUCCGACACCAGAGGAGUACCAUGCACCCCUGGUAAUACAUUGCUAUAUUAGCAAACCGAGGCUUCAGUUCUCCCUCUAAGCACAUCUUGCAUCUAUUCCCGUGCUUCCAGCCUCAGUUCUCGCCCUCUCGCCCAGUGCACUCUUGACCAGUGUCGAUGGAGAGCAAAGAAAACUGUGUCACCUCCCGCUAUGACUCACUCCUCCCGUCUCUCUCUCAUUUUAUAUCUCUCUCUCCUUUCUCAAUCCUCCCACUCCCAUCUUUCGUCGCUCUCAGGAUUGGGAUCGUUAAACAUUGAUCUGUAUUUAUUUUUAGAGCAGCUGUGCGCAUGCGUGCGCGCGUGUAAAACAGACGCUCCUCCGUGCCAACACGUGGGCAGCUUGACUGUGUUUGGGUGCGCGUCCUAUUGUGUGUCUUUGCGUGUGUCAGGACUUUCUUUUUCACAAAGUUAAUCCCUUAAGAAGAGGUGUGGUUCUCUCUCUCUCUCUCUCUCUCUCUCUCUCUCUCUCUCUCUCUCUCUCUCUCUCUCUCACUCACUCACUCACACAAUAUCAUCACAUGUUCUCUCGCCGCUCUCUUCUUCUCUCUCAUCCUUUCCCUGUGCUGUUGUUGCUGUGGCCGCCAGUCCAAGGGAGUUCUUCCUCUCUCUUCUCUCGGUUGGCUCGUCAUCUCUGCAUCGUUCCUCAUCCGCCUGUGGAUCUUGUGUUUUGAUGAGUUUUCAGAGCGAGAUGGGGGAGGCCAUUGAACUCGGUUCCAGGGAGCACGUGACCCCGGAGAUGAACAAGCUUCGUCAGAGUCUGAGGAGGAAGAAGCCCACCUAUGUUCCAGAGGCCAGCAGACCGCAUCAGUGGCAGGCUGACGAGGAGGCUGUACGCAAGGGCAAAUGUAACUUUGCUGUUCGGUACCUGGGGCUCGUCGAGGUGGAGGAGUCAAGAGGAAUGCAUGUUUGUGAGGAGGCCGUAAAAAAGCUGAAAGUUAGUGGCAAAAAGACGGUAAAAGCAGUACUGUGGGUUUCAGCUGAUGGACUCAGGGUGGUUGAUGACAAAACUAAGGACCUCAUUGUGGACCAGACCAUCGAGAAGGUUUCCUUCUGCGCUCCCGACCGGAACUACGACAAAGCCUUCUCCUACAUCUGCAGAGAUGGAACCACUAGACGGUGGAUGUGCCACUGCUUCAUGGCCCUGAAAGACUCGGGUGAGAGACUGAGCCAUGCAGUCGGCUGUGCCUUCGCUGCCUGUCUGGAGAGAAAGCAGCGCAGAGAGAAGGAGUGUGGCGUGACGGCUUCUUUCGAUGCCAGUCGCACUUCCUUUGUGCGCGAGGGCUCCUUCCGCAUCAAUUCAUCUUCCAGCCAGCAGGGCAGCAGCAGUGAGCGAGAUGAGAAGAUGCAGGAUAAAAAGAAAGAUCAGCCCUCUGUCGUCCCAGCUCUCCCUCCUGGCUCCGCCUCGCCACCCGAGGGGACGGCGUCCCAGAUGGAGCGUCCAGAACCAGGCGGGCCUCAUGCCAUCCCUCGCCGUCACGCACCCAUCGAACAGCUGGUUCGCCAAGGCUCAUUCAGGGGAUUUCCAGCUCUCAGUCAGAAGAACUCUCCCUUUAAGAGACAGCUGUCGCUUCGCCUCAAUGACCUGCCAUCCACUCUGCAGCGCAAAACAGACUUUGAGGUCAAGAACCCUGAGAUGGACAUGGGGUUGCCUUGUGAGGGUGACAGUAGUAUAAAUGCACUGUGUUGCCAGAUCAACACAUCCUUCGCCAAGCCAUCAGACGAGCUCUUCUCCAACCCAUCUAUGUCUGCAAAUUGCCCUCCGACCUGCACUGUGCCCCCAAUUUUGCCUCCUCCGCCUGCGCCUGUCCAGGCCACCUCAUCCUGGGUGCAGCCAGAACCUUCUCGCCACUCUCCUCCUCCAGUUUCUGCUGCACUGCAGAGCGGUCACAAGCGUACACCCUCAGAGGCUGAGAGAUGGCUGGAGGAGGUCUCUAAGGCUGUCAAAGCCCAGCAGACGCCUCCCUCUGGGCCCAUCAUACCCACCAUCCCUGGACCCCCUUCAGUAACCAGUCAUCAUAUAGCCACACAGGCGACAUUGUCCUCUGCCCCAGUAUCUACUGUCCAGUUGCCCCUCGGUACUUUGCCCAAAACUCUCAUCUCUGGCCCUUCUGCCCUUCCGUGUCAAACCCAAAUGCCUCUCCCACCCAUGUCAAUAUCAUCUGUCCCUCUAAUACCAGGUCCUCCAGUGUCAGGCCCUCCAAUGUCUCUCCCAUCCAUGUCCAUCCCAACUAUGUCUGGCCCAAGCAUGUCUGGAGCCACCAUGAUGCAGGGCUCUCUGCCCGGGCACCCAGGCUCCCUUCCAAGUGCAAUGCAACCAUUCCCCCUUGCUUUUGAUGCCACUCCAGCCCCUGUUGGGAUGUUUGCCAACCAGCCAGUCCAACCUGCCUUUAUGCCCAUGCAGACCUACAUGCCUGGUCUGGCUAGCAGCAUGACUUACCCCAACGCCAGUGUGCCAGUGGUAGGCAUCACACCAUCACAAAUGGUAGCCAAUGCCUUUUGCACCGCCACAGGCUCAUCAGGCACAGGUCCGACCAUGGCCUCGGCUGUUGGAGGGUCUAAAGUGGGGCCCUUGGGCACUGUCGGGCAUCACCACUCCUAUCCAGGAGCGGCCGGUGCAACCGGACACCCCUCAGGGUUUAACACAGCUACAUUUUCCUCCACUCCACCUCUGUCAUCAGCCAUUAACGGCCUCCCACCCCACAGCAGUGCAGCCGCAAUGAACCUCCAAAACGGGACUUCGGUCAGUGGUGGCAGUGGAGAGAGCUGGCCUCCAGAGGGCAGCCAACUAACCGCUCCAGGGGUUAGCGACUCCCAAGACGAUGAUCGUUUUGAAGCCAAGUGGGCGGCACUGGAGACAAAAGGAGCGACACAACCAACAGGGAGCAAGGCACCGGCUGCCACUGCCAACCCAUUCUCCAACAGUCUGCAAAAAACCUUUGAGAUUGAGCUCUGAGUUGGACUCUGGCUCUUAAAGAUGUAGAUCUUGCUCUGGGGUGACAGCCUGAGGAAGAUGGGAACCUAUUCCAGGAAUGUUUGCUUAAUUGGUAUACAGGUCCUUUCAGAUGGCCUAGCAUCCAGCCUGUGGCAGCCUUGGAGUCAGUGCCACUAUGAUCUUAAUUUCUUUCUUUAUGAUCCCAUGUGAGAUAGAGAUGAACUCAGCAGUUGGCUGGGCUGCAGUCUGAGAGAAUCAGGUUUCCAGCGGUCUGAACUUCACAAACUGAACCCAUUCAGUCCAACCGUCAACAUUCUCUCCUUCCUCCUUUUGCUUCUACACUCUGGCUUUAUUUUCCCUGCUGCAAGUCCCUAGAUUUACUGCAUGUUCAUCCUACUGAAAGCACUGUGGGGAGGACACGGCUCAGUGGUUUCUUUUUUAAAAAAGAGGACUCAUCUUGGAUGCAUUCCAAUCCAAAAAAAUAUUUUUGGACGUUUGCUUGUUAUAUUUUUUAUUGUGGCAGUUUUAUGGUGUCUGGCAACAUCGUGGAUGAAGGUGUAGAAGAUUCAAGUAACACACCGAUGCUGAUCUCAGCCGAGUGGGGUAGAAGUCUGGAUGCCUGAAAGGAAGAGUCCAAACGACUUACUGACUAUUAGUACAGAUUUAUGGCCAAAAUUGCUUUAUUUAUUGUAUUCUGAGUUUAACAUGUUUUAUGUACCUUGAAACCCUUAAGUUGAAGCAGCGUUUCAGAAGCAUGUUUAUGUUAUUUAUCCCAACAUGUUUGAUUUUUAACAACAGAGAAAGGAAAGCACUGUGGGAAUCCUAAUCAUAUAACAGGAACCAAAUAACUACAACUUCCACUACAGCUGUGUACUGGGAUAAGUCAGACUGGUGUAUAUAUCCACAUGUUUCUUCCACCUCACUGCUGCUGAGGCCUGAUAAAUCAAAAUGGUGUCACUUGGAUGUGGAGCUUGUUACUUUUAUAAUCGCCCAACAACAAGUGCAUGACACACUUCAGGAUAACCAGCACAUACAGUAGAGCACACAAGCAGUUUGUCUUCACCAAACAAAUCCAAGGAACUUUAACAACUCAGUGGAAAAAUAAUGAUCCUCCUCACUGUGCAACUGUAGAGAAACAUUGCACUACAUUCCAGAUUUCACAAAUCCUCAUAUGUCUGCUGACAAAGGGUAUACUCUCCUCAUGUACAACAAUGAUUGUGUACUCACCUCUUUGAGUAUCAUGAUAGUGCUGCACUCACUGCAAAAGUAUUCCCACCCCCAUGAACUUUUUUGUCAUGUUGCCUGUGAUGGACCAAAACAAAGUAGUGCACAUUCCAAGUAGGAAAUUUCAUCAAAAUGUGCCACAGCAAGGAAAUUAUAAAAGAGCAGUAUUCUGUAAACUUUGUUUUUUUUUAGCUUUAUAUCAUGUUAUAAUGUUACUUCCUAAUCAGAAACAUAGCUGGAGUAUUGCUUUGAUUCUUUCAUGCAUGUUUAAGAAAUCCUUGAAUCUCCUGAGGCAGCCAUUCUUGGUUGCCUUAAUGCCUAAACUUCCCACUCAGCUCCUCUAAAUUAAUGGCAGCAGCAAUUAUCAACCACCUGGUGGAACUUAUUGUUUGCUGAGCUCAUCGUACAAACUACUUCUCAGUCCAGCUCUCCUGAUAACAGUUGUUAAUGGUGAAAUAGAGGAGCUUUGUUGGGACGACAUCUUGAAAGGAAAGUGAAAGAGUAGGAGCCCAAUUUCAAAGCGCCAAAUUGUGAAAUCAAAUGAUUUUAAAGUUAUCUUAAUAUAUUUACAGCUCUGGAAAAAAAAUUAAGAAACCUCUUAAAAAUACGUACAGCUUUGUUUGGCAUAUCACAUAAAAUCCCAAUAAAAUACACUGAUGUCUAUGGUUUGAAUGGCACACAAUGUGGAAAAGUUCAAAGGGGUUUAAAUACUUUUGCAAGGUAUUGUUGAACAGAUGAACAGAGAACCUGGGACUCAAGAAACAAUCAUGUUGAAUGAAUGUAAAACGAAGUGCAGGUUGACACAUAAACAGGGACAAUAAAGGGCAGAAGCACAUGUUGCUACCAUGGAGAACGAGCUGUACGUGAGAAACUGAGGGAGGGAAAACAAAGUCGCACCUUUAGGGAAUAAGGAAAAGGAAGUCUAAUGGAAGAAACGUAGAUAAAACAGGUUGAAUAGGAUGUAAAAGCAAGAGGCAGAUUUGGUUUAGGGCUAAGACAUAUUCAUUAUUACGUCCACAAAACAAGCAGUGUCUCUGGUGUCUUUGCACUCUGCAGCUUCAAACACUGUGGAGCAACAUCUCUGAUCAGUUUAAAACUAAAUGUCAGCUGUCUGACUGCAAUAUCAUAACUGUUCCUUUUUAAUUUUUCAAAAGUGCAACUCGUGAUGCAGUUCGAACUUCAACUAAGGAGGUAGAGCUUUGAGUGUCGUAAGGUUGGGUCUCACUGAGAAGAUCCAGAAUUUAAAAAGCAGGAAUGUUUAUAAUCAAAGGGCUUUCUGCAGGUGGUUUCUCUCUUCUACAAACUCUGAUCUGAUCAGAGAUGCUCCUGCUCCACAAGAGGGAAUGCCACUUUUAACAUUAUCUCCUCCUUGUUGUAAUGAACUUAACGACUCUCUUCCUGCGGCUGGCGGCCUGACUUUUUCCAUCAUCCAAAUUGAUAGACAGCUGACCUAAUUUGUACCAUUUUAUCUCCUCCCAGGCUUCGGCCAAUUUGGUUUAAAUCAAUAUUUCUUCCAAUCUGAGCAAACUGCUUUCUCUACCUUCCUUUAUGUAUUUAUUAAGCGAAUCUGAUUGGUUGAUUGAUUGAUCCAUAAAGUAGAUGCUUUUAGUCCAUUCAGAGAUCAUUUUUGCCCUUGACUCUUGUUUGCACGCCCUCCAAAUUAUAAAUGUAGGCUAAUUGUGUUCUGCGUCAAAGCAAACUAAAUGACCUCAUCAACUUGAUUGUAAAACUUUAGCUUAGUGAUGGUAACAAAGCAAACCAGUGGAGUUUAUUUUUAAUCUUUAUUUACAGAAGUUUUUGUAUUUAAACCAACAUAUUUGUAUUGUAAUUACAUUGUACAAAAGAUAAAUAAAGUAAUAUAAUAUUA